AUGAGUUCUGCUGUCGAGAUGAUCAACCAAAUUUUUAUUGCAACGGAAAUUGUUCUUUUCAACAUCUUUGGACUGUUUGGAAACAUCAACUUUCUGUUUCUCACUUAUGUGAAACCAUCACUGAGAUCCAAAUCUUCCUAUAUUCAAUGUGCUCUGAGUGUAUCUCACAUUUUCUGUCUUCUGUUUGAACUUCCUAAUGCCGUUCUUCUUUUCACCGGGAUUCAGUUAAGACGGAACGUUUGUUUCCCAGCAAUUUCCAUCUACAUAUUCUUCAUCUGUGCUCAAGCUGUCAUCAUGCUCAUGCUAGUAGUGGACCUUUUCAUUAUUGUGUUUUUCACCACAUUCUACCGUAGAGUCGACAAUGUAACCUAUACAGUUCUCAUGCUCUUUGUCCCGUUCGUCUACGCGGGAUUCACUGUUGCCUGGGGUUUCGUGAUGAUGGAUGACGAAUUGGUUAUUUUCUGUAAUCCGCCAAUCAGUCUUCAUCCUAUUGUAAGCAGAUGGUGGUCUAUGUCAAAUGUUGGUCUCAAUUCAGUGACUCUUUGUUUGUUCCUCUUUCUCAUGAUCAUUUUUCAUUUUCGAGGAAAGAAGCAAAAGAGUGAUACUCGAAAACUCAUGAAACGAUUGAAAGUGUCCGUUGUGGUAUUUGUCUUCUCUUGGUACAUGUGCACCCUUGGCGUUGAUAUGUUUGUGGCCAUCGGACUCACUGGCUCGGUUCUCGUUUUUUUCCAGAGCAAUAUGGUCUUCUUCGCUCUCCUUUGCUACACUCAACCAUUCUAUGUGAUGCUCUGGAGAUCUUCGGAAUAUCGAAUUGCAUUUGUGGAGAUGUGGAGUUUCUUGAAUUGUGUGAAGUCGUUGAAAUCAAAGGGAUGGUUGGAGAAAACAACUAAAGUUACGACUCAAGUCUCAACUAUGGAAUCUUCGAAAAUGUGA